ACACACACACUGGUUCCCCCGCUCCCGAGACCGACCGACAAACUUCUGGCCUCCGGUCACCAUAGGCGACGUGACGACGACUCACGUGACCCGCGACAGAGGUAAGAAAAGAAAUGACACGGAAAAGAGAAUGGGAGAGAGAGAGAGAGGGGGAGAGAAAGAGAGUCACGGAAAAAGAGGGGAAAGCAGGGAGUUUGAGAGAAAGGCCGAGCGGAGGACGGAGAGUAACCUGUGUGGGGGUGGAGAGGUGUGUUCUCGCGGUGUUUCCCGCUGUCACUGAGGCGCGUUUGGUGAGCUCAGGUUGAGUUGAGCUAUUGACAGGCCUUCCGUUUACGCAAACACACACACACACACACACCGCAGCAGAGCAUUAUUCAUGUGUGUUUCGGGUUUGGGGACGUGCAGACUUUACUUUUCCCCUGCACAUUGGAACUUUCUGACGUUUUUAUUUUUAUUUUCUAUUCAGAUUUGACUGAAUUUUAAUUUAAUUUUAGUUGAUGAUUUUUGUCCAAAGAUAGCCUGCUUCUUUUUCCUUUGGAGGUUUUUAUUUUUCUUUCGGUUUAUGCUCGCUCAGAGGGAUUCCACAUCAUCCUAUUGACUCUUGGGAAAAAAAACCUUUUUAAUGGAACAUUUCGAUUUUUGUUGAUGUUUUCUUCCACCUAAGUUCUGCUACCGUCACCUUUGGGCUCCCGUUUCCUGCUGAGCAUUUUUAACUGAACUCAUUCCCACCGUGCCUCCGGUCUGCAUGGACAACAUGAACUCCUUUGUGGAAUACUCCAUUUGUAACCGACCGGGGACCGGCGCUUAUCCUGCGCCUAAAUCUGGAUACCACCACCACCAUCACCAUCUGCAUCACCACCACCAUCCUCUGGAUCAGCACCAGGGCUUCCCGGUGACCUCCGGCGCCUUCCACACGGGACCAACCGGCCCUCCAGCUCCCGUUAACGGGACGAGAAGUGACAGCAGCGCCGCGGGGGCGAGUUACACCGGGGAUGGGCGACUGUACGGGGGCACUGGAGGUGAGGGAGCGCACGGGACCACAGGGGCGACCCAGCAUCAUCAGCAGCAUCCUCAUCACCAUCAUGAACAACAACAGCAUCAGCAGACGCACAGCGGCUACCAUCAUCAUCCUCACCUUCACCAAACCCAAAGCGUACAAAGCGGAACAUUGUCUCCUUAUAAUACCGGGAAUAGCGGCAACACCGGGGCCUACGCGGGCCAGGCGUGCGCCAGAAACUCAGAGUACGCUUCCGCGACGGGCCCUCCCAACCCCGUUCACUCGCAGUAUUUCAUGGAGGAGCCUGUGGCCUCCACCUACUACCAUCAAUCAACCUUCCCCAGCUCGGCCCCCAGCGUAGGCCCCAGCUACGGGGCCCUGGCCGGGGCCUACUGCGGGCCUCAGGGCGCACUGGCCGGCUCACAGUACCCACAGCAGCUUGGUGGGGGUCUGGACGCAGCGGGCUACCUGGGGCUUCCUCACGGCGGAGGUUACGGGGAGCUACCCGUCUCACAGGACCGAGAGAGGGGGGACGAGGAGGGCCAGCAGGCCGGGCAGGGGCAGACCUUCGACUGGAUGAAGGUGAAGAGGAACCCGCCUAAAACAGGUGAGCGGGGGUGGGUGAUCUUUCUGGCGAUAACUGGUUAAAGAUGAAGCCUUUAGAAGAGGCUGGGCCUGCAGUCAGCAACUGCUGAGAUUCAGUAGUGAUUUGUGAGGUUUCCACUGAAGAUGAGGAGCAGUGGCCUCUUCCGCAUUUAUCAUAGUGGCUGUCAACGGAAAUGUUACAGCAAAGGGCCGAAAAUAAGUAGCUUAUUUUAAGAAUGGAUUAUAAAUAGCUGAGAUGUUGGAAA